CGCCGCCGCCGCCACCGCAAACCAUCGCCUAGUCGCCUUCGCCGUCGCCGUCGCCGUCGCCGGAGAAGAGGAUUCAGCCAUGGGUCGCGUCCGCACCAAGACCGUGAAGAAGACCUCCAGGCAGGUGAUCGAGAAAUACUACUCGCGGAUGACGCUGGACUUCCACACCAACAAGAAGGUGCUGGAGGAGGUGUCGAUCCUCCCCUCCAAGAGGCUCCGCAACAAGGUGGCCGGCUUCACAACCCACCUGAUGCGCCGCAUCCAGCGCGGCCCCGUCCGCGGCAUUUCCCUCAAGCUGCAGGAGGAGGAGCGCGAGCGCCGCAUGGACUUCGUCCCGGAGAAGUCGGCGCUCGAGGUCGACGAGAUCCGCGUCGACAAGGAGACCAUGGAGAUGCUCGCCGCGCUCGGCAUGGCCGACCUCCCAGGCGUCGAGCGCCAGGCCGAGGUCAGCUCCGCCCCAGCCUUCGGCCGCCCGCAGUACGGUGGCCCCCGCCGCGACCGCGUCUAGGUCGUCCGCCCUUUGUUACCUCCUGAUCGCAUCGCCUACUCGUAGUUGUGCUACUAUGUUAAGUUGUUUUAGGUCUGUGGUUACUUCUGUGGCAAUUAAGCUAUGAACUUAGCCUGUGAUGCUUUAAAUUCUAUAGUGUUUUGAUCUGCGUAUGAUGGACAUGAGAUUUAUAUUCUCGCACCCAUGAAAUGUUAAAGUGAUUUGAAAUAUUACUGUUUGAUUCUGCAAA